CUAACUCCUAUGGAAGAGAAUUUGUACCUUGUGGAUGGAGGAUUUUCCAUCAACUCUCCUUUUCCAUUAGUCUUACAGCCUGAGAGGGAUGUUGAUAUCAUAUUGUCAUUUAACUACUCAUGGCAGGCUCCAUUUGAGGUGCUGCAUCUCACCAAAAAAUACUGCAGGGAGAGGGGCAUUGCAUUUCCCUCUAUUACUGUGAGUGAGCAAGACAAGCAACAGCCAAAGGAAUGCUAUGUCUUCAUGGACAAUGAUAAUCCGCAGUCUCCCAUAGUAAUUCACUUUCCAUUGGUGAAUGACACGUUCCGCACAUAUAAAGAACCGGGCACACUCCGAGGAACA